AUGGCGUAUUCUUCCAACUACACCCCUCGGCCACGAACCGACAUCUUCACCAGCGACACUGACAUCAACCGCCGUAAGCUCGGCCGUGUGGUCCCCAUGAAAGUCCUCAUCCUAGGCCUAGGACGCACCGGUACUGCCUCUAUGCGAGCGGCCAUGAAACAGCUCGGCUACGUCGACACAUACCACAUGAUGAACACCUCCAUCGAAAAUCCCCCCGAUGCUCUCAUGUGGAUGGACGCCCUCUGCGCCAAAUACGACAAGAAAGGCAAGCCCUUCACCCGCGAGGACUGGGACCAGCUCCUCGGAAACUCCCAAGCCGUGUGCGACUGGCCCGCCAUUGCCUUUGCCAAGGAGCUCAUCGAGGCCUACCCCGAGGCCAAAGUCGUCCUGACCAACCGCGACGUCGACUCCUGGCACGCCUCCACCAUGAAGACGGUCUACUGGCGCGUCACCGACGGCGAGCUGCGCUGGCUCUCCCACUUUGACUGGGCGGCGAGCAUGUACUACCCCAUGCUGAAGAAGUUCUUCGACACCUUUUUCGAGGGCGAUUUCCCCAACCGCGGCAAGGACGUCUUCCGAAAGCACUAUCAAGAGGUGCGAAGCCUAGUGCCCAAGGAUCGCCUGCUGGAAUACAAGGUCACGGAUGGAUGGGGGCCUCUGUGUGAUUUCCUCGGCGAGCCGGUUCCCAAGGAGUGCGGGUUUCCCAAUGUCAACGAUAACUCGGACUUUGUGACGCGAUCGCGACGCCGCAAUCGCAAUCAGAUGAAGAAUGUCGCUUUCCGAUACUUUGUCAACCUUGUUGUUGCUAUUCUUACGGUGAUUGCGAUGUAUCAGCUGGGAGUGGCGCUUGGGUUGAUUUGA